AAAUCAAUUGGAAGGUGAAAGGAAGAGAGAGAGUGGCCCUCCCCCCUCUCUUCUCUGUUUCAGUUUCACUUAAAAAGAUCCCAUUCUAAGCUUACCACUUCACUUCACUUUCCACUCAAAGUAUAAUUUCUCAAUUCAAGAUUCAAGAUUUAAGAUUUAAGAGAUUUUUUGGGUUUUGAUUUUUUGUUUUCUCUCUGGGAGAGAAACAGAGAAGAAAAUCAAGAAAUCAGAGAGGAUUUAUGUCGUCUGUGUUUGAUCUGUUAACAACUGCUAGAGCUUUCAAGAAGCUCUGCAUUUUUUUCUAUUCAAAUUCUAUUCAAAUCACCCAUAAACAUCACUUUCUCGUCAAUUCUAAUCGAUUAAGAUCAAUUCGGAAUUGGAAUUGUCAGAGAAUAUAUUUAUUAUUUCCAAUUCUGGGGUUUAGGGGUUUAAGGAAUUUCUGGGGUUUUACUUGAUUUUCCAGACUGCCAAACAGAUUUUCUUUCCAAUUUUCUUUCUUUUUUUAAUUUCAAGAUUCCUUUUUUGGGUGCAAUCAAAUAAUAAUGCCCGGCCUUGGAAGGCCAAGUUUGGAUCAAAAUUUGAGUUUUGAGAAGAGAACAAGAAUGAGACCAGCAAUUGAUAAUAACAAUUUGAUGAAGAUAAAGAAAGUUCGAAUUAUCUGUCAUGAUCCUGAGGCGACAGACUCGUCGAGCGACGAAGAUGAAGGGUGUAAUCGUAGUGGAAGGCGUCGAGUAAUGGGUGUUAAACAUUUUGUGAAAGAGAUUGAUCUUUCGAGUUUUCGAUGUGAUCAAUCGGGUGCCAAGGAUUCGUCACGAGAAAAUAAUAAUAGUAAUGGAGGUAGAUUGAUCAGAAGUAAUGAUAGAUUUGGCGACAAGAAGAAAACUCGAAUGGUUUCGCCUUAUUCUAAAGGCGUACGGAGAAGGCCGUGGGGUAAGUUUUCGGCUGAGAUUAGAGAUCCGUUUCGAAAAAUUCGAUUAUGGCUUGGUACUUAUUCUACUGCAGAUGAGGCUGCUGCUGCUUACAGGAAAAAGAAGGACGAGUUCGAAAGCCGGAUUGCUGCAGAGAAACUGAAGGAUGAUUUGCCUGUAGUUUCGAAAGAGGAAACUGAAGCUGAAUCCAGCGGUUUAUACUAUCUUCCGUCACCAUCUUCCGUGCUUGAUGUGUCCACAACAACCUCGGUUGGUAACCAAGCGGAAAGUUUGAUUAAAGUCGAAAGCAGUGUCAACAAGGUAAUGAAUGAAUGCAAGGGGAAAAUGGUGAAGGAAGAAGAUUUUUGUAUCCAGGAAGAGCAAUCCAUAUCCGAUUUAUGGGAAGAGGCAGUGUUAUCGCCUUCCGUUAGUCAAGAAUUGCUCGGUUCAGACUGCUACUACUACUCGGAUUUCGGAAACGAUUUCGGGAAUUUAUUCGACGGGGAAGGUUUUUCUAUGGAAGAAAGUAGUGAGGUGCUAGAUUUUCCGUUAGCCGGAGUGAUGGAUCUUCCCGAUAUCGAACUUGACGCUCUGGCUUUCGUUGAGGACACUUUGAAUUUUAAUUGCCUAUAGGUGUUUUGCAGUUAGGAGUAUUAUAUUUUUUACAGGCAGUAUGAUCAGCCAUAUUGGAGGUUAAUUUGGGAUUUGUUAAGUGAGAGUUCUUGGAUUUUUGAUGGUGAUUUUCUCCAAGAGUUUUGAUACUCUCUAGAUGUAAUAAUGCUCUAUGAUUUUUAAAUUUGAUUUGAGUAAUGUCAAAUUUUAUUUGGUUUGAA